AUGUUGAAAGAUAGCCCAAAAGUGGUCCGGGGACGAUUUUUCGACCAUCUGCGGCUCUGUUCGCGUGCUUUCUUGACUCUUUCUUGCUUUUCUUCCACGGUCCGCCUCUAUAGGAGGACCUGCCCGACCUCCGUCUGGUCGGCCUUCCGCUGGCCCCCGCCUCUCCCGGCUGAAGGCCCCGCCGUGGUGCUGCUGGCGUCCCCGGCCGCGGUCCAGGGCGACGCGCGGUGGACCCCCUUCACGUACGACCCCCGCCGGGAGGCGGUGGGCGCGAGCGCGUUCGCCGCGGGCGGCGACCGCGUGCGCAAGGAGAUCCAGGCGUUCCUGGACCGCGAGAACCUGCUGACGCUGGUCGCGAAGAAGACCAUCCCGGCCGAGCCGUCCGCGGACGCCGAGGGCGGCGACCUCGCUGCCGGCCUCGGGGACGCGGGCAAGACCGUGACGAUCCUGUAUUCCUCCGACACUGGCCACGCGGAGGAGUGCGCGAAGGCCGUGGCGCGUCAGUGCCGCGGUGGCGGCUUCGCCAGCAGCGCGGUGCGCUGCGGCACUGCGGACUCGUUCGACCCAGGGGCGCUCCCCAGCGAGUCCCUCGUCGUGUUCUGCGUCGCGACGGCGGGCAAGGGCGAGUCCUGCGGCAACGGGCGCAACUUCUGGGAGAAGCUGCAGGCCCGGGCGGACGAGCUGCGGGGCAACCUGGGCGGCACGAAGUACUGCGUCUUCGGGCUCGGCGACUCCCACUACUGGGGCAAGGGCACCGAGGACUCCAAGGUCAACUUCGCCAAGCCGGCGCGCGAUCUGGACGCUUUGAUGGAGAGCCUUGGCGCAAGCCGCCUGGUGCCGACUGGCUUCGGCGACGACCAGGACGUGGACCAGUACCACACCGGCUUCGCCGAGUGGCGCGAGGGGCUCUACUCGCGCCUGGGCAUCGACAAGGUCGCCGGCGGUGGCGACAGUGACGACGGGCCCGUGAAGUCCGACGAGCAGAUCAAGGUGGAGACCAGGCAGCUCCGCGGCUCCAUGCGUGAGUCCUUCGACGACAAGACCACGGGGCAGGUCCCUUUCCAGGACACCAAGCUGGUCAAGUCGCACGGCAGCUACCAGCAGGACGACCGCGACCUCCGGGAGGAGCGCUCGAAGCUGGGGCUCGAGAACGCCUUCAGCUUCAUGAUCCGCAUCCGCCUGCCCGCGGGUUACUGCACCGCCGAGCAGUGGCUCGCCAUGGACAACAUCUGCGGAACUUUCGCCAAUGGCACUCUGAAGAUCACCACCCGGCAGACCUGGCAGGUGCACGGCGUCCUGAAGCGCGACAUGAAGGCCUGCAUGCAGGCCAUGAACCGCGCCUGCAUGGACACGGUGGCAGCGUGCGGCGACGUGUGCCGCAACGUCCUCUGCACCAGCGACCCGUCCGUGUGCAGCCGGGAGGUCAUGCAGCAGGUGAUGAGCGACUGCUACGCCUCCCACGACCAUUGCCUACCCCGCUCGGGGGCGUACCACGAGAUCUUCCUCGUGCACGGGGCCGAGUACGAGGAGAAGUGCCAGGUGAUGGGCAGCACUCCGCUGGAGGAGGAGGCCCUCUACGGCCUGACGUAUCUGCCGCGGAAGUACAAGGUCGCGUUCGCGAUCCCUCCGUCCAACGACGUGGAUGUCUUUGCGCACUGCUGUGGCUUCAUCGCCAUCAUCGAGGGCGGAAAGCUCCUCGGUUACAACGUCACCGUCGGCGGUGGCCUCGGCUUCACGCACAACAACCAGAAGACUCACCCUAGGCUGGCCGAGGUCAUCGGCUUCUGCGAGCCGGAAGACUGCAGGUACGUGACCGAGUGCGUCAUGACGGUCUCGCGCGACUUCGGCGACCGCACCGGCCGCAAGCACGCGCGCGUGAAGUACACGGUGGAGGACUACGGGGCGCAGUGGUACCGCGAGCAGGUGGAGGAGCGGCUCGGGAAGAAGCUCGGCGAGCCGAGGCCGUACAAGUUCGAGCGCAGGGGGGACCUCUUCGACUGGUUCCAGACGAAGGACGACGGGCUCUGGCACUGCGGCUGCCUCGUGACGGGCGGGCGCGUCAAGGGCGACGUCCGCACGGGCCUGCAGAGGAUCGCCGCGGAGCUGAAGGGCGUGGGGGGCUUCCGCAUGACCUGCAACCAGCAGCUGCUCAUCACCGACGUGCCGGCGGCGAAGAAGGCCGCCGUCCAGAAGCUGCUCGACGAGUACAAGAUCCCCCACAACGACGAGACCACGGUGAGCGGCCUCAGGCGCAACAUGAUCUCCUGCGUUGCGCUGCCCACCUGCCCCCUCGCGUUCGCGGAGGCCGAGCGCUACCUGCCCACGCUGGUCGGCCGCCUGGAGUCGGUCGUGGAGCGUGUAGGCCUGCGCGACCGGGACAUCUCCAUCCGCAUGACCGGGUGCCCGAACUCGUGCGGGCGGCCGUCCAUGGCGGAGAUCGGCUUCAUCGGCAAGGCCCCAGGGACGUACAACAUGUACCUCGGCGGCGCGUUCGACGGGUCUCGCCUGGCCACGUUGUACAAGGAGUCCGUCACGGAGGACCAGAUCGUGGCGCUGCUCACACCGAUAUUCGGUGCGUACUCCAAGGAGCGCGCAAAGGGAGAGACCUUCGGCGACUUCAUCAUCCGCAAGGGAAUCGUGAAGCCCAUGAGCGCUGGGCGCCUGUGGUGGUCGCUGCCCGAGGUCUGAGACGUCUCGUAGAGGAGGCAUCGGGGUCGGCGUGGCUGGCGCCUGUCCCCGCAGUUGGCGGCGCUCCGCGGCCGCCCUUGGUGCUGCUCGGGGCACGCUCCGGCACGCGCGUGCGCGCCCCAGCGGAGUGCCCGCUGCUACUCCUUUACUGAAGGGGCCCCAGGACACACAAAUGAAGAGUAGGACGAGAGGCCGAGCCCAGCAGUUCUGCUUUGCCCUGUGCCCUCCAGAGGCGCGGAAGGCGGCGACGCAGGCAUUUUUACCGCCCUUCUCGCUGGCAGUGGUCCGCCACGUUGCCUCGGUAGAUGCACGGCGGUGGUGUCUCUAUUGCCCUCUGGGCGUGCGCAUUAUUUUGGUCGCGUCCCUCGCGCGGCGAGCAUUGCUGCGCGAGGAGUAACAGGAUCUGUCCCUGAGGCGCGGACCCUAGUGGCAACUUACUGGAGGGGGGGG